AUGACCCUCUCGCGCAGCCCUUCACCCGUUCCCGGUGGUGGCUGGUCAAGUCCAGGCUUGACCCUAAACAGCGGCAGAUCGAGUCCAGCAAACGUGAGCGCCGGCCCUGUAAUGUGGGAAUCCGCCAAGAUGAAGCAUUACAACCCCAGCACAUACCCGUCUUUUUCGACCCAGAACAAGGGCUUCUUCUCCAGACAUAUACGCCGCCUAUCGAGUACCCUUCCGCGAUUCAAUUCCCGCCAAUACGGAGACAAGGAGAAGCUCGGUCGAGGCCGGCGAUGGAUUCAAAGGGUGCCUCUGGUUGGCAGGAUACGGUCCAUCUUUGGGCGCAUGGGAAGGAAGCUUAAGAUGUGCCUGCUAUUCAUCCUGGUGCUGAUCCUCUGCUACACCAUAUUCUACACAACUCCCCUCGUAUACUACUGGCGAAGAUCAUCAAUCGGCGGCGGCGGCAACAAAUUCGUCAUCAUCCUGGGCGCAAACGUUGGAGGCGGUGUCAUGGAGUGGAAGGGUGCUCGAGAAUGGGCCAUUGAACGAGACAGCGUGCGGAAUAAGCGAAAAUACGUGAACCGAUGGGGCUACGACCUGGAAAUCGUCGACAUGAGCACCAAGAAGAAGUAUGCGCACGAGUGGCGGGAGAGCUGGGAGAAGGUUGACUUUAUCCGGUCAACUCUAAGGAAAUACCCCAAGGCCGAAUGGGUGUGGUGGCUUGACCUGAACACAUUCAUCAUGGAGCCCUCUAUGUCAUUGCAAGACCACAUCUUCAACAACAUCGAAAAGAACGUGGAGCGCGACGUCAACUACUACAACCCCCGCAACUUCUCGCACCCAUUCACCGAGACGUAUCUUGACAAGGACUCGCUGAGCCCUGUGGGCGAUGGAAAAGGCAACUCGGUCAAUUUUAUCAUGUCGCAAGACUGCGCGGGGUUCAACCUGGGAUCCUUUUUCGUUCGCCGGAGUUCCUGGACUGAUCGACUCCUGGACGUUUGGUGGGAUCCAGUGACGUACGAGCAGAAGCAUAUGGAGUGGGCACACAAGGAACAGGAUGCCCUCGACCAGCUCUACCGUACGCAGCCGUGGGUGCGUAAGCACAUGGCGUUCCUCCCACAGCGAAAGAUUAACAGUUUCCCGCCGGGAGCGUGCAACCCUGAGGGCGGCCCCAAGGAUCCGCAUAUCCAUUAUGAGGAGACGGAGCGAGACUUCAUGGUCAACAUGGCUGGCUGUGAAUGGGGCCGCGACUGCUGGGGCGAGAUGUACUACUACCGCGAAUUCAGCUACUGGCUCAACCGCAACCCGUGGGAACGGUUCAAGGAGGACCUGAUAGCGGUGCUGUGGUUUAAGCUCACCGGUCAGAAGGUGAAGCUGUAA